AUGAGUCAGGAUUACUACCCCGGUGAGGGCUCGUCUUCUGGAGCUGGCUCAUCCAACUUCCAAGGCGAGGAAGAAUUUCUCGAAAAGAAUCCUUUUUUCCGUCCCCCGCCGACUUACAUGACCGUGGGCAACGGCUCGACUUCCGAGAGCGCUACCGCCUUGAUGUCUUCACUCAACCAAGAUUCCGGCUAUGGAGGUAGCAUUGCCGACGAUAUCGCCACAGAAGAGGAUGCAAGUGCGGCUUGGCGUGCAGGAUUGAUGGAGGAUAGACCGACGCCGGUGCAUACUCCCACGCGCCCCGGAGAGUGGAAUCCCGCAGCUGAGCACGAGAAGCAAGUUGUUGCCAGCCAUGUCUCUCAACUUAUGUAUAACUCGAAUCGAAACCAGCUUGGUCGCGCAAUCUCCCGGACCAUCGAAACACUGAAGGAGCUCCAGGACAUGAACCGCCAAUGGCCCGCCCACUAUCCUUCCGUCCAGAGUUCGCCUUCCAUCCUGGACCGACGACCAUCGCUACAACAGACUCAUUCAGAGUUCGGUAGCAGCGCCGCGGACAGCAGACCUAGCACUCCGCCCCGACCUGAUAUAAGACGUGCGGCCACUACUCUGGGUAGCGACGAAAUGGGAGAAUCGAGUGCCUCGGCUCAACGGCGCGCCCCGACAGAGCCAAGAUUGAUGACUCCACAGAUUGCGCAAGAGUUCUCGAUUCUGAAAUUGGACCUCAAGCUUGGUGCUCUUUCGCAGGCAGAGCUAGUGCACUCGUUGGAGAAGGCCUCGGUCGCCGCGCUUCUAGACGGAAAGAUCACCCAAAGCAUGAAGCAUCUCCUCUCACUGCGAGACAGAAUUGAAGACACUUCGAGCAAGGUUCUAGUCACAGGAGACUUGAAUGCAGGUAAAUCGACGUUCUGCAAUGCUCUUCUGCGCCGAAAAGUGUUGCCAGAGGACCAGCAACCUUGCACCAGCAUCUUCUGCGAGGUUCUUGAUGCUCGGGAAAAUUGCGGUGUUGAAGAAGUACAUGCCGUCCACAAAGACACGCCAUACAAUCGCAAUGAUGAGAGUACCUUCGAUGUAUAUGCUCUUGCCGAACUUGAGAACAUUGUCAUCGACAACACGAAAUACAUGCAGUGCAAGGUCUACGUCAAGGAUGUGCGGUCUAUCGAUGAAUCACUUCUCAACAACGGCGUGGUUGACAUUGCCUUGAUCGAUGCACCUGGCCUGAACUCGGAUUCAUUGAAGACAACGGCUGUGUUUGCUCGGCAGGAGGAGAUUGACGUCGUUGUGUUUGUGGUUUCCGCGGCAAAUCAUUUCACUUUGUCUGCAAAGGAGUUCAUCCUGAACGCUGCGCAUGAAAAGGCAUAUAUCUUCAUGGUUGUCAACGGUUACGAUCAAAUCCGUGACAAGAAUCGCUGCGAACGCAUGAUCUUGGAUCAAAUUGGCAAGCUGAGUCCCCGCACACGCAAGGAAGCUGCUGAGCUGGUACACUUCGUUUCCAGUAAUGCUGUUCCUGUUGCGCCUGCCAUCUCGCAGCCCGGCUCUGGCGGUGACGGUGGUGGCUCUGAUCCUCACGACAACGACGAUGACAAUGACGAUCCCAACGAUAAGGGCAAGGGCAAGGAACGGGAGAAAGUCCAAGACUUUGAAAACCUUGAGGGAGCUUUACGACGAUUCGUGCUCGAAAAGCGCUCCCGUUCCAAGCUUGCGCCUGCCAAGACUUAUCUUCUCAAUCUCUUGGCUGACCUUACUUCUCUUGCUACAGUCAACCGCGAUGUUGCACAGUCGGAACUCAAGCGAGUGACGGAUGAACUUGCAGAGCUUGAGCCUGCGUACGAGAAUGGCAAGAAAAAGAAGGGAGAGAUCGCAGAAGGUGUCAACAAGGCUAUCGACGACUCAUGCGAUGAUGUCUACGACUACACUCGCUCGACAUUGACUGACACAAUCACCCGUGUCUCUGAUGCCGACCUCGGUGUUGAGUACCAUGGCCUCUUCUCGGCGUUCCAGUUCGCUGAGGAUCUGAAGUUGGCAAUGCUCGAUCAGAUUGCUUCCGCGGUCUACAGCUGCGAGGACUACGCCCGGGAGAAGACAGUCCAAGGAGUUGGCUUCAUCCAAAACAUCGGUCUCUUGCACAUUGGUGAAGAUAAGUUCACUCCACUCAGCUUCCGCGCGGAUGCGAUGUUCCGCCGUGGCCGUCGUCACACACUCGCGCGUCAAGUCGAUACUGAAAUCGAGCUGUGGGACUUCUUCGACGUCACUGGUCUCUGGGAGCGUCAAGAGAAAUUGGCUGGAACAGGAGUUGCAAUGACUGCGGUCACCGUACUUGGUAGUAGGGCAUUGGGCGGAUUCAGUUGGGUGGACAGUGCCUUGAGCGCUGUCAAAGUCAUCGGGCCAAACAACCUUCGCCGCUUGUUCUUCCCUGGUCUUCUCGCUGCUGCUGUCUUGACCACUGCUUAUGUGCUCAACUCCAUUCCGACUACUCUUCCCCCACGCCUGUCGCGGAAGAUCGCCGCAACUCUCGCUGAGAUGGACUACGUUCACUUGAAUGCCAACCGAAUUUCGACUGAGGUUCGCCGCAUGCUGCGCAUGCCUGCCGGCAAUCUCCAGACCUGCUUAUCUCAGGAUAUCGAGGAUCUCGGUAGACGCAAGCAAGAAGUCUCCAAAAUCAAGCAGGAAAGCGAUAUCGCCACCAAGUACUUCUCGAAUUUGUUCCGGGACAGCAGCGAGAACCGCCGGUCCAUUGAGAACUUGGAUCUUGAUGCUCACUUGCCUGGUGCUAUGGGUGCGGCUAUGCAAGCAUAA